CUCAAAAACCUCUUCCUCCUUCUCUUCUCUUCCUCCUUUAAGUUUUUCAUCUUAAGCUCAGCCGGUUUCUCUUUCUUUUGUUUUUCUAGUUUCAAGGGCUGAGGUUCCGCCGCUCUAAAAACACGGCUCUUUUUCUUGUUUUCAGGUUUUCUUGAUAUCCCUUUGGCUUUCUUGGCUUCUGGUUUUAUACCAAAACCCCAUAAAGUCAAACCCUGCCGUUUUUACAGCAAUUUUUUUGCUGGAUCUGUAUCUGUUCUGUUACUCUGCCCAAAACGAGAGCUUUCUUUUCCCCCCUGUAAAUCUUGAUGCUGAAUAUCUUGUUUUUGAUGUUUGAGAUUCAUGUCUCCAGUUGUAAGUGAAAUCCUCCGUUCAGGGUUUAUGAUCAAUUCCUCUCUCAGACGCAGGACCCAUCUUGUUCAAUCUUUCUCUGUUGUGUUCCUCUAUUGGUUCUAUGUGUUUUCAUAAAUAAUCUUUCUUCCUGAGAGUUAUUUUUUCAGAGCAUAUAUAUAUAUAUACAUAUAUAUACAUAAUAACUGUCUGAAUUAGCUGAAUAUAAUUAUUAGUGAGUAAUUGGUCCUGUAUCUUUUUGAUCUAUCAGGUUAAGCCAAUUCUAAAGUCUUAGUUUUCUAUUGGUGUCUUGGUUUUGUGUUUUGGUGUAAAUAUACUAUUAUUAUGGCUUCCUCUAGUGGGAAUUCCUCAGGUUCCUCUCUGCGUCAGAACGCUGGGUCUGAAGAGGAUCUGCAGCUUCUGAUGGAUCAAAGAAAAAGAAAGAGAAUGCAAUCAAAUCGAGAAUCAGCCAGAAGAUCCAGGAUGAGAAAACAGAAGCACUUGGAUGAUUUAAUGUCCCAAGUAACUCAGCUAAGGAAUGAUAAUAACCAAAUCCUUACAGGCAUCAAUAUCACCAAUCAGCACUUCAUGAAUCUUGAGUCUGAGAACUCCAUUUUGAGGGCUCAGUUAAUGGAACUCAGCCAUAGACUUGAGUCUCUAAAUGAAAUCCUCAAUUUCAUCAACGCAAAUAAUGCAACUUUUGAGGCCGAGGCUGAUCUGGAUCUUACCUCAAUUGCAUCAGACAGCUUAAUGAACCCAAUGAAUUUGAUCUAUCUAAACCAACCCAUCAUGGCAUCUGCAGAUAUGUUUCAGUAUUGAUGAUGAUCAUCAUCAUAUGGGUCCAAUUUAUCGUUGUCUUUGUUCCUUUUGUUGGUGGUAUUUGUUUAUGGUCUUAAUGAGUGGAUGGGAAAAAAUUGUCUUGUAUUCCAAUUACUAUUAUAAUAUUAGUUCUAGACGUGUGGUAGCACCUAGGGUUAAGCAGUAUGAAUAUGAGAAAAUGGCAAAUGCUAAGAGAAAC